CAGUUGCUGCUAGGAACAACAAAGUCUUUCGACUUCAAUCCUGUUGCUCUUCUUUCAUUGCGCCUCUUGCGACUGUUACUCUCACAUAAUACGAAACUUAUUUGCAGAGGCGUUAAAGAGCGACGCGCGCUCGUUGUAGACGUGACAUCUCCACAGUCGCGUCUUUGUCUCAAUCACCCUCUGUUUACUCACCCCACUACGACUACCCAUCAGUGCGCUUCCACAUAUAUGAGUCAAAUAUAAUUGUGCACGCUGUUAUUACCCAAUAAUUUCGCGAACUUCGCGUCCACGCCUUCUCAAUCGAACGCGCUCACUCGAGCGACGCAAGCACCUUCACAAUCAAACACCAUCCGGAUGGCCACCAAAUACGACUCUGUAAAGUGCAAAUCAUGUGCUAGAGUCCUUGCUGUGGUAUCCGCCACGGGGCUUAUACCAACGACCUCGCCGGAUACCUCUCAUGCAGGAUGCAGUACAUGUCAGCAAUUCGGCUUUCUGUACGACGCGAUAAGAGCUGCGGAUAGUGAAUGGGCUGUACUUGAAAAUAAGCGCGACUCAAUCAGCAAAUCGUUUGCGCGGGAUAACCACAAAAAGGCUCAUAUGGAGUUCGACAACUGGUUGAUGACUGUCGAAGCGCCUGGACCAGCAAGAGACGCGCAGAAUGGACAGCCCGAAAAUAAGGACCUUGGAGAAGGGGACUUUACCAAUGACAACAAGCACGAUAUGGCUGAUCCUAAGCGUCGACGAUCUCACUCGCCUACUACCCAGCGACCUGGAGAAUCAUCCGACAGAGCACCACAUGGACAGCAAGGCGUAUCGCUGUCUUUACGGCCAUCGCCCAAACGAUCGCACAGCUCAUCAGCUUCACUAUCACGCAAGCGACUCAAAUUUUCUGAUUCAGUCGAAUUCCACGACAAUUACAGAAGCAGUGAGCAGUACCAUCGACCGAGCGAAACGUACGCGCGAGGGAGGAAUGCGCCGCCUGAAGGGUCCGAGUAUAUGGAUACCAGCGGUUCCGGCCUGACAUUCCUCAAGUUCACCGGUAUGAAGAAAGUCGGCGCCAAAUGGGUUGAGCUGAGCGAGGAAGAGCUUGCAAAGCAGAGCGAAAAAGCAAAGACUUGGGCGCAGCUGCGAAAACUCUCAACUGCAGGGAAGUCGAAAGCUGAAUCGCCAGAGACCGAUGCAGAAGUAGAGGUGAAGCAGGAUGAAGAUGCUCCUCAAGAUGCUCGUGCAGCAAGACUUGCACGGAGGGCUAAGGGAACAAGUGCAGAGUCAGUGCAAGCUCGGGGCACGGCGAGCAGACGGGGCCGGGGCACCUUGCGAAAAGAGAAACGGCCAUCGCUUGGCAGUGCAGUGGAUGAUGUCCCAGAGACCGCGUGUGACCUAACCCUCGUCUCGACCACCACAACAACAGCACAUGGGAAUGAUCACCAUCCGGACGGAAAUCUAGGUCGGGUGGAGAUCAGCGCACCCGGAGACGACGGUCUGGAGCGAAGACAUGACGCUGUUCCAGAAACAGCAACCUCAGCGCCAGUAGGCGCCGAUCAAGUACGAGAGCCAGCACCACCCCACGAGGAGCCCCACAAGGGUAUGCUAGUGACUAGCGAGGCAAUGUGCCAGAGCAUUGCAGCUCGACCAAGCACCGGUGACGUGGAGUCUCAACCAACACUCGUAUCUGGAGACGACCAAUCGCAACCCGAGCCACUGAAGAAUGCUUCAUGCACAGAUCAUGAUGCGCCCAAGAUUAACAUACCAGAGACGUCGCCUAGGUCUUGGGUUCUGCAACCAACCUCAAGUAUUAUUGAGGACUCCGACAUCGCAAGCACGAGAGAUCUGGGCCAUUCCCUGGAUACCUACCCCAAUGUUGCGAGAGAUUCAGCGCCAAAGGAUGAUGCUGUGCGCGAAGGCCCAGGGCCGUCAACUCAAAACACGCCUGCUGUUGCAGAGAAGGCUAUCGCGACAGGAACAUCUCUGCAAGAGCCAUCCGCGGAGCAUGGAGACCUCGUCACGGAGCUGAACACGUCUCCAUCAGCUGAUAACGAGUCUAAAGUGCAGGGUCAGUCCAAUGUGGACAUCAUUAGCGCAACGAUACCGCAAGACCCUGAUCGCCCUCCUGCAGCCAGAAUGCCCACAGAAGAAGCGUAGAUCCGAGCAGGGGGGCAUGAUCGACAAAGCUGGAGACGCUGCGAGUCAAUAUCUAGGUUGUAAAUGCGUCCCACAAGAGCUUUCAGUCUUUCUCGUGGCCGUAGAAUGACAGAGUAGGGAUGUCUGAGGUGGCCUUGUUUGAGCAGGGCCCUCAUGUGGGUACUACAGCGUGAUUAGCGGCGAGUCCGUGGCGGACACUUGCCGCCGGCCCACACUUCGGCGUACAUGCCGUGCCGCAAGCGUCGCGAUUCUUGUGUAUGAUAGCAAUAGUAAUUGUCGGUCUCAGACUCCGACGCCUAUGCGAUUCUUCUG